GUGGGAGGUGAGAGCGCUGGUCUGGCGGCCCGUGGGUAAUCGAACCGGCUGGGGGCCGCCGCGGGUGGAGUGGGGGCCUGGUGAGGUAGCAAGGGGUAGGGGUCUUUACUUCCUGCCCCCAACCCUAGAGGGAACGAAAGGACGCCGGAGCGAGGGUCCUGACGGAGCGGGAGUUCGGAGGGAGCCUGGGGGCUGCAGGGGCCUCGCUGGGUGGGUUAUGGCGACAGUCCUGGGCGAGGGUGACAGCUCGGCCAGGACGGGUGAAGCUGGGAGCGCGGGCUGGAGUCCUGGUGUCUCCGCUCGGGCGGUGGGUGGAGGUCACAGACCGGCCCCACGGAAGAGCCGGUGUGUGUGGAGGGCAGAGCGCGGGAGCAGGUGGCGGCGGAGCUGAGAAGGGAGCGGUCCUCAGCGGAGGGGGGGCCGAGAAGGGCGGGAGUCUGUGCCUGGCAGUCGGGGCAGUUCUGGAGGAACCACAGCCGUGCCCGGGCCCGGGAGGAACCAGCGCGGGCCCCAGGUGGUGGUGACGACAGCUCCCUCCCGGCAGCUCUAGCUGGCAGGAGCAGUCAGGAGAUGGCUGAAGUGCGGCGGGGAUCUUGGAAGGCACCGCGCCUUUCCGGACAAGAGGAUGGGGACGGGUGGCAAUUGUGGAGACUGGGCUGCUCCCGAGGGCCCUGGAAGCCGCCAGGCAGGGGCCUUGGGUGACUGAGUAGGGCCCAGAGACCAAGCAAGCCCUGUGGGGCUUUGCUAACAGGUGAGCUCAGACUCGCAGUGAUGUGGGUCAGGGCUUAGGGCAGUCCCUAGAGCUUGCCGCCUGCCCCCAUCCCCUGGUGGUGGGACCCUGGCUUGUUCCUUAACCACCGCGCUCCCAUUUCCUCUUAGGCAAAAUGGAGAUAAUGACAUUGUUGUCAAGUUUGGAUGUUAAUAAUGUCAAAUGUUUAGAGUAGUCCCUGGAACUUACUAAGUGUUUAUGACUAGCAUUUGCCCCCUUAUGACCUUUGGUGACUGAGGACAUGUCAGGCACUUAGCUUACUGUACCCGAAUUUAGCUGUGAACUUGGCAAGAGAAAGGAAAAUAAUAGUUCCAAUCAAGUAGGUGCUUUAGCCAAUUAUCUCCUUAAGUGGGGAGGCCCCCAGUAUGAGAGACAUGGUGGAGGCACCCAUCGGUACCCUUUGGUUUAUUUGGAUCACUGGCUGGUGCCACCUGUGGCAUUGAAGUGGGAGAGAUCUGAGCACAUUUUUUUCAAUGCCCUGGUUUUGGGAGAAGGCCUUUGUUCAUCCUGCUUUUAACUCCUUAUUUAUUUAUUUUUUUUUUUUUGUAGAGACAGAGUUUCACUUUAUUACCCUCAGUAGAGUGCCAUGGCAUCACACAGCUCACAGCAACCUCCAACUCCUGGGCUUAGGCGAUUCUCCUGCCUCGGCCUGCCGAGUAGCUGGGACUACAGGCGCCCGCCACAACACCUGGCUAUUUUUUUGUUGCAGUUUGGCCGGGGCUGGGUUUGAACCCGCCACCCUCGGUAUAUGAGGCCGGCACCCUGCUCACUGAGCCACAGGCGCCGCCCUUAACUCCUUCUUAUAAAGAGUAAUUUAAGGCAGCGUUUGAAGCCUGGACCUGCUGCUCAGAGUGGCUGGGCCUGUCUGGCCCUGCCCCCUCUAGCCAAGUGGGUAUUGGCAACAUGAGGUCCCCAUUUCCUGGUCUCAUGUGGAAAUAAGGAGAUGACCAAAGUUCUCAAGACACACGGUUUAUUAUCAGAGAAUCUUUGCAGGUCCACAGUGCUUAAGGAGGGGUGAAUAACAUGAGCAAACCUCACAACAGUUGGUACACCCCUUAACCACACAGUUGAGUGAGUUCCGAAAUUAUCAAAGUCCAGUUGCUCCGUUAGGACGGAGGCAGCCUCUGCAGACAGUUUGGAGUGCACCUUUAUAGGAGUGGUUGUCAGACAGACAUCAGGUACCUAAGAGCUAUCUGACUAAACUCCAACUGGAUGUCACAAGGCCGUACACGGAUGGGCCUGGGAGAAAGUGCAGGAUCCUGACUUGGACAGGCAGAGACUCCCUGGUCAGUCAGCAGUCCCUCUGCUUCUAGCAGCCAGGCACACAGGCUAGAGGUUUGGCAGCUGUGUGCUGGCUUCCUGGUAUCCCUGCCCACUUGGCCAGCUGUUUGGCAGAAUUUAGCCCCACUCCUGCUGUUGGCUGGCAGAGCUGGCCUGCAGGACCUCUCCUGACCCAGCCCACUCCCUGCUCUGGAAUCUAAAACCUGCAGAUUUCUCUGUUGCCCAGAGGCUGUUUUGGGUGGUGCCUCUGAGUUCUGCAAACGCCCCUGCUCAGUCAGGUGGGGCCUGCCGUGUCUCCCUUGACCACCUAGUACUUUUCCUGGAGAUGACACUCUCGUUUGCUCCCUGUCCUGGAGAAUGUCACUUCCUCACACCGCCAGCACUGCCAGCACCUUUUGAGCUCGUUAAAAUUACCCCACCCUUUGGCCUAUGCCCAGCCCAAUAGUGUAGCUCCUCUCCUGCCUGGGCUAUACCCCUGUCACCCCUGUCCCUGCUCCAGGACAAACAUGGGACCAGCUCCUGGCUGGGAAAGCCCAUGGGCUGUGGGGUUGGGCAGCCCUGGGAGCAGCUUCCCUGCCCUUCCCUCCUGCCUGUACCCUGCCUGGUCCUGGAGCCCUGUGAUCCCUGCUCCACAUCCCAGAUCUGCUGGUGUCAGGCCUGACUGUGAGAAUGGAGGAUGCAAGUGACCUGGUUCCUGAAGCUGCAAAACUGAUACAUCGUCCAGUCACAGCCUAAUGCACCACGCAGGGGCCUUCAGCUGAGCAGUGGACUUGGCCCCCAGCGACCAGUGCAGUGAGGUAACAGCCCUACCGGGAGUGGUGACAGCAGUGAGGACGUUGUCUGUCCCGGGGAAGUUACUCAUCCUGCUGGUCAACCCAUUGCAGAAAUGGAUUUGGAUCUACUGGACCUGAAUCCCAGAAUUAUUGCUGCAAUUAAGAAAGCCAAACUGAAGUCAGUAAAGGAGGUCUUGCAUUUUUCUGGACCAGAUCUGCAGAGAGCAACCGCCCUCUCCAGCCUGGAGGUCCAGCAUGUGCUGAGAACAGCCUCCUUGCACCUACGGGGGGACAGCAUCCUCACAGCACUGCACCUGCACCAGCAGAGGAAGCAGUUCCCCACGCAGCACCAGCGCCUGAGCCUCGGCUGCCCUGUCCUGGAUGGGCUCCUCUGUGGCGGCCUGCCCCUGGAGGGCAUCACCGAGCUGGCUGGCCGCAGCUCGGCAGGAAAGACGCAGCUGGCGCUACAGCUCUGCCUGGCUGUUCAGUUCCCGCAGCAGCAUGGAGGCCUGGAGGCAGGGGCUGUGUAUGUCUGCACGGAGGACGUGUUCCCCACCAGGCGGCUACAGCAGCUCAUGACCCUCCAGCCUCAGUUACGCACAGACGUCCCAGGCAAUGUGGUUGAGAAGAUAAGAUUUGGUGACCAGAUCUUCGUGGAGCACGCGGCUGACGUGGACACCUUGCUGGAGUGUGUGACACAGAAGGUCCCCGUCCUACUGUCUCGGGGCAUGGCCCGCCUGGUGAUCAUAGACUCAGUGGCAGCCCCAUUUCGGUGUGAAUUUCAUGGCCAGGCCUCUGCCCCCAGGGCCAGGCGCCUGCAGUCAUUGGGGUCUGCGCUGCGCCGACUGAGCUGGGCCUUCCAGACCCCUGUGCUGUGCAUCAACCAGGUGACAGAGGUAGUGCAGGAGCCGACCACAGCCCCUAGACCCCCAGGCUCUGUGGACGGGCACAUCUGUCCAGCCCUGGGCAUCACCUGGGCCAACCAGCUCCUCGUGAGACUGAUGGCAGACCGGCUCCGUGAAGAGGAGGCCACCCUUGAUCCUCCUGGCUGCCCAACUCGGACCCUGCGGGUGAUCUUUGCCCCCCACCUGCCACCCUCUUCCUGUUCCUACACGGUCAAUGCAGAAGGGGUGCGAGGAACUCAUGGAACAGAGUCCUGCUGACUCAGUGGUGGCUGCAGACAGCCUGGCCAGGCCUGAGACUCCAGGUGAUAGAGCCUGCCCGGGCCCCAUCUCAGGCUCUCCCAGGUGUCACUCCACCUUCUGCCCCAGGCAUGGGGGCUGCUUUCCCCUCUGGCCCACCUGCCAGGCCUCAGCACUGUUCCCACAGGCCCCGGUUGGCCCUGGGGCUGGGGACUCGACUCUAGUGUGUCCAUAGUCGAGGACUGCUGGGGAGCCCCUCCUUCCCUAGCUCUGCUUCACAUAUUAUCACCCCCAGGAAUUGGGCCACCCCUGGCCUGGGCCUGGGGUCCUGCCCAGAAGGGGCCUCCUCUCCUACAGGCAGUGUAGUCUGCCCAGAGUCCCCCGUAAUGCUCAGGCCAUGGUGUGCUGCAGUCAGCCAAGUCCCCCCCAGCCCACAUCCAACCUAAGACCUGAGUCUGGUGUGGGGUAGAGGAGAAGCCCCAGGCUGCCCUCUGGCCACCAUCCAGAGGGCCUGGGAGGUGGGACUGGACCUGCACCACCUUCAUGGGUGCACGAGCAGCCUCAGGGCUCUUCUGAGAAACUGGAAAAAGAAAAAGCUUGUGGUGCUUUCCCAGUAUGCCCCCAUGCCUGGCCUCUGGGGUCUGGACGUCCAGUGCAGCCCUGGCCUGGUGCACUGUCCAUCCUGCUGGGGACAUAGCAGGACUCCUGGCUGUGGAGUCAUGUGGUCAGGCCCUACUCGAGCUAGAAAGUGGGGCCUCCAGGCAGCACAUCUGGCUGCAGACUGGAAUCUGACCAUCCGGUCAUAGAGACACGAGGCCCAGAUGUCACCAAGGGGCCUGGCCUGCGUGGGGAGGGCUGUGACCCGCUCCUCAUAGGGCACCUGGUGCAGAGUAGGCCUCUGACAAAGGUGCUGUGUGUGGGGAGGCGCAGACUGCUCUCCAGGAGUUAUGCCCCAUCUCAGUCCCCAUCCUGGACAUGGGUCACUUCUCUGCCCUGCUGUAGGGUGGGGAAACUGAAGCCUAAGAGCUUGACCAUUCUCCCACAGCCCUGGGGCUACACGGAUUGCACUGUGGUACUCCUGCCCGUGCAGUUUCCAGGGCAUUAAAUGUCUUCAGGUUAUCAAGGCCCUGUAAUCCCAGAAAAGUUAAGAAUUGCUAGCAGGCGGCACCUGUGGCUCAGUGGGUAGGGCAAUGGCCCCAUAUACCAAGGGUGGCGGUUUCAAACCUGGCCCUGGCCAAACUGCAACCAAAAAUAGCUGGACGUUGUGGCAGGCGCCUGUAGUCCCAGCUACUCGGGAAGCUAAGUCAAGAG